AUGUCUGGAAAACAAGAGACGAUCAACCUCGACACGCUCGAGCCCCAGCAGCUCGCCCAGGUUAAGAAGCAGUUGGACGAGGAGCUCGAGCACCUGACGACGUCCUUCGCCCAGCUCCACGGCGCCCAGAACAAGUUCAAGGAGUGUCUGCGAUGCGUGCAGGCCCGAGCUGCCGCCCCCAAAGGGUCCAACUCUGUCCUGGUCCCCUUGACCAACUCGCUAUACGUCCGUGGAGAGCUUUCUGAUGCCGAGACUGUCCUGGUAGAUGUCGGAACUGGCUUCUUGGUGGAAAAGAAACUCAAGUCCGCCGAAAAGUUUUACGAGGGCAAGGUUGAGGAGCUCGGAAACAACUUGAAGGAUCUGGAAGUCAUUGUGCAACGAAAGCAAACCAAUGCACGGACGAUUGAGGAGGUUCUGAGGCAAAAGAUCAUGGCUGCUCAAGGACAAGGUGACCAACAGCAAGCAUGA